AUGCCCAAAGUCAUCAGUUACACUCCUCCCUGGCUUUCGCGCCCUUCGCCGGGCGCCUCGAUUUUCUCGAGCGCAGGCACCAAACACCCCGAAAACAACCUGGUAGCCCACGAUCAGCAGUAUGCGGGCCCCAAGCGAAUUCAGGCCAAGAGAGGGAACGAGUUGUUUACAGUGGUGAACAACCAGAUUCGCUGGUCUGACCUCGCCAGGGUCAAGGACGAAUGGCAGCGUCAAACACGACUCAAGAAUGGAACCUCGAAAGCUGAACAAGAGAGCGAGCAAAGUGUGCAUUACAAGGUAACAACAUUCGCGCAGGUCUUGAUCACACCGGUCCACGAAACGAUCCGUCAACUUGUUCCGUCUCCCAACGGCGCUUUCCUGGCCAUUGUAGCCGAUCAUACAGUCUUUAUCGCCGUGCUUCCAGACCCGUCGCAUUUGGCUGGCAGAGACACCUUGCCAAUUCGCGUCAAAACCUACCAGCUCGGUCCUACCACGCACGUCAUUCCCGAGUCUCCCGUUGUUUCCGCACUAUGGCAUCCGUUGGGGGUACACAGCAACCUGGCCGGCUGCUUAGUGACAGUCACUGCAGAUGCUGCCGUUCGCGUGUGGGAGAUUGACCGUAACAACCACUGGUCGUUCGAUCGACCGACACUGGCGGUCGACUUGAGGAAAUUGAUCGAUGGGACUUCUUGCGAUGAGGAUUUCGCGCCCUCCGGUUUCGGAAGGAAUAAAGGCUUUUCGGCUGACUACAUCGAUAUGGAAGUCGCCUCCGCUGCUUUUGGAGGGAGUGGCCUCGCCAAGGAAGAUGCCUGGGCCCCCAUGACGCUGUGGGUUGCGAUGCGGCCGGGCGAUCUCUACGCUUUGUGUCCUUUGCUCCCGACCAAAUGGAGGGCGCCGUUGACGACUGUGCCAGCGCUCACCACGGCGAUUCUUCCGAAGCUCGCAAGCUUGCAAGAGGAUCCUGCAGAGUUUGAAGAUGAGCUCGCGGCGUGCCGCCAGCAAUACGACUGGCUCACUGAGAUCGAUAACCAGGAGCCGCUGCUCACCGAUGUUGACGCCGACCACGAAGUCCGGACACGUCCCGCGGCUCCCAGCGCCAUUCCAAGACUGCAGGGUCCUUUCCGUCUGGAUACUGGGGAUGAGAUUGACGACCUCGACCUUUGCGAUCUCCUUGUUGUCGCUGCUAGGGCCGAUCUCGACGCUCUGAUGAUGGGCGAGGAGGUUGACCUCGCAGUGGAUGACGACGGGGAGGACAGAUUGUCGGCUACCGUGAUCUGCUUGUCCAGUGGAAGCGGUAGAGUUUACAUUUGCUUGGACCUUGACGGAGUCGAAGGGCAGUGGCUGCCCAAGGGCAAGCAGAAUGUUUUCCGCACGCCAGUAUCCGACCCUUGUGAUCUACUCCUGGUCGAGUCAUUGGAUACCGUGAAGGCGCAGGCAAACCACUGGCCGACGUUUACCAAGGAUGUCUACUCUCGCUACAGCUUCUUUGUCACUACAGCGACCAAUGUGACUUUCUUCUCCCUUGGUUCCUGGGUGCAGAGACUGGAAGCCGAACUGCAGUCCGAAGACACGAGUGGGAGUGCGUUCCGCUUGCAAGUUCUUUGCGAAGGCACCGCAUCUCUGCGAGAGCAGCUCAUCGAGGUCGAUGAUAAUGUUGGAGAAGGCAAGGACCAGUCUGCUCACUUGCCGGCCUCUUUGGUCUACUAUGACUACGACCUGGGGUAUCUGCUUCUGACAUCUCGCGGCUCGGUUCCUUACGCCGCAAUCCUGGAUGCCCCUGAGGUUGCCUUGCCUUCAAUCGCCGAGUUGCAGAUCUUCGACUCCCAAGGCCAAGGACCUCGUUCGCCUGUUCUGCCGCCUCGUCGGCCCCCCUAUCAAGUGCCACCCAUCUUCUACUCGGAAUCACCCUUGGAUUCUUUUGUGGACAAACAUGUCCCGCACCGCGAGCGUCAAGCCCUCAAGGAACAAGUGCGUCUAUCGCCUGCGACCCUUGAUCUGGUCGCCGCCGCCCACCGGAUUCUGUCUGCGCAUACGAAUGCUUUGGAGAGAGCUGCCUCUGAUUUGUUCCGUCGAUGUGAAAGACUGCAAGGGGAGAUGCGCGACCAGUUAAAGCAGCUGGCCGAUGUUGCGGACCGGGUGAAGGGUGUUUCCAGUGAACUCGGUGAAGAUGGAAAGCGGAUCGAAGGCUCCCGGAACGGCGAGGCCCUGGAUAAGAGGCUCCAGGCCGCGAAGGACCGACAGACCGAACUUGUGCAGAGAUACGAGGCUCUUCGGAGUAAGUUGAUGAAGUCUGGCGGACGACCCUUGAGCGACAAAGAGAAGGCCUGGUUCCAGGAAGUGGACAGACUUUGUGAUUCGUUCGGCAAGUCGUCGCAGGACUUGCUACCAGGCCAGGCAGGUGGCCCAGCCAUUGCUCAGCGUCUCGAAACUGCGAAGGAGAUUGCACGAGAUAUGCUUGCCGAAGCGAAGUCAGUGGCUGCUAGACUUCCUGCUGUCGACACUAGCAGCUCAGCUGGAGCACAGCCGACGGUUCCUUAUCGACUUCAACGCACGAAGGUUGGGGAAGCGAUGAGAAUGGUGGAACGGGAAUCUGCAAUUAUCGAGUCGAUUACCUCCCGACUCGACCGACUCAACACCACUAUCUGA